UUUUAUUUUGAAAAGCACAAGCGGAUGUUGUCGACUAAUUGGUCAGCUUCGCGUUUCGAGCUGUACACAACAACGGUUUCGAGAGCCAUAUUCAUUUAGAAGGAUUUAUGUUAUUGUAAAGACUGCCUCGUUAUUAUUAAAGGAGCUUCAUCUUAAUAAAUUCCAAUGCAAUGGCAAAUACAGUAACUUUUCAGACGCAAAUCGCUUCAGUCAUGGAAGUGCUCGCAAACGCCGCUGUUGCAGAAAUAUGCAAACUUGUUGAGGACAGCUAUACCGAAUUACAGCUUGAAAUAUCCAAAACACAGAAGGAGAACAACCUCCUUAAAAAUAAAAUCAAAAUGAUAGAAAUCCGGGAUUCGUUUCAUCGAAGAGCGCACAAACUAAGAAACGAAUCAACUGUUUUGACAAAAACAGGAGGUCACGAAAAAGAAUCAGGUCGAAUUAGUGUGAAAAUCGCUUCGCUGUCUAAUGAGGAUGAUGAUGAUGAAACCGUUUGCUCUCGUGAAGUCUCGCGUCUUCAACCCGAAACACUAGACCAGUCUGUAGAGAUUGACGAGUCAGACAUUCUCCGUAUUAAAGAGGAGAGACCUGACAACGAGAGGUGUGAGCAGUCAGAAAGAGAAACCGAGACUACUGAAAAUCAUAAAGAUGACAGCCAGUACAGGAGUGCAGGAGUCUCUGUUACAGUCUGCAGAGAUAACUUCAUAGACCAGAACACAGUCCAGCACUGCCAACAAGAAUCUGUAGAAGACGAGGAGCCUGAUUGUCUCAUUAUCAAAGAAGAGAGACCUGACAACAUGAGGUGUGAACAGUCAGAAAGAGAAAUCGAGACGACUGAAGACCAAGACACACAGUAUGAUGCAGGAGUUUUUGUAACCGUCCACAGAGAUAACUUCAUAGAUCAGGACACAGUCCAGCACUGCCAUCAAGAGUCCAAUGGGAUGCUACCUGAUCACCUUAAGGACGAAACCCCAGAAAUGAAGGAUAUAGGGGGACGUUGUGAUGGAGACUCAGAGACUAACCUGCAGCCUGUGCCUUCUUACCCCUCAUGGGUUUCCACGAGAUUUGACUCCACCACAAAUCAUCCCUCCUAUUCUGAAUCUGAAUGCAAUGGAGGACCUUCUGUGAAUCAGUACUUGAUGUACAGAGGGAGCGCAGAUCCCAUGUGUUCCUACGCAACUCCAGUAGACUCUAAUGGCUUGUCUAUGCUUGAUAUAGAAGGUCAUUUAACACACAGCGAUGAAGGUAACAACAUUUCUCGAUCCGACCGGUCCCGUUUCACACCAAACUUUUCUAUCAAACAUUCAGACUCUCCUCAGACACAAAGGAAAGACAAGUUUGUAUGUAAACAUUGUGGGAAAGCGUUCUCUCAGCUUAGCACUCUCCUCUUGCAUCAAAAAAUUCAUAGCAGGGAGAAGGUUCACCACUGUACACUCUGUGGUAAGCGAUUUAGUCAGGCGUCUGGUCUCAAAAGACACCAUAGCAUCCACAGAGGAGAAAAACCGUUCAGAUGCGUGCACUGUGGCAAGCAGUUCGCAGAUCAAAGUAACCUCAGAAAACAUGUGACUGUUCACACGGGUGAAAAGCCUUAUGGUUGUAACCUUUGUGGGAAAAUGUUCAACCAGUCUUCAAACCUCAAAACACAUAUGAUGAUCCACACACAUGAGAAGCCUUUUGGUUGUGAUCGAUGUGGGCGGAUGUUUGCACACAAGUAUAUUUUGGUGAAACACCAACAGAGAAUCUGUGUGUCUGCUGGACAACUCUAGACUUCACAAGGUAGAGAAUACUCCCAUUGGUACCUAUCAUUAACUUAAUCAGCUUAAUUAACAGUGGAAUGGAAAAUGCAGUGGUGCACAUUAUUCCAAAUAAUAAAUAGGAAUCUUUUAUCAAGUGUAAUAAUCGUUUAAACUGCUUCCUACAAUCCACCUCGCUCCAUUCGGAAGACUCUUUUUAUGAUCUAAACAAUUCUCGAUAGAUAAAAUCAAGUCCCUGCAUUUUUUUUUCUCAUUGAAUAUCCUGUUUCACAGAGAAAUACAUCACAGAUUUCUGAAGUAAACUGUGUUGCGAUCAGAAUUUAUUACAAAAGUAAUAAUAAUACACACCCUAUUAAGCAAUAUUGAAUAUGGUCGAUUUAAUAUAAUUUUCAUGUGUUAAAAUUUAUAAACCAAUGAUUUUAUAAAUCACAAGCAACUGCCUCUUUUCAUAAAACCAGUCAUUUUGAUUUGGAUAGUAUAAUAUAGUGUGAGGUGUACUGACCAUUGGUUUUUAUGAUUUAAAAUUGUCAGUGUAAUUUAUAAUACCACCAUAUUUCUGUUCAGAAGAUCUAUUCAAUCUGUUGACCUGGUCAAAUCAGAUCUGAAAUUGAUUGAUUCUUAGUUCAUAUGUAUUAAAUCAUCAAGUAUGCAUAAACUUUUAUUAAUAAAUACAUCAAUCAACUGUCCAGCACUGUUGGUUGUGGCAUUAGUGGAGGGAGAGAAAGUAGUUGUUUUUGCGAUUGCUGUAGUCAUGCUGUUUGUUGUAGAAGUGGUACACAUGGAGGUGUUUGUCCUGGUGGUAACGGCAGAUGUUAUGUGAUCUUGAGCAUAUGCCAACAUUUCCAGCUCCGUCUACAGUAACCAGUUCCAUUACUCCAGAACAACAAGAGGCGCUGUAGAAUGCAAGAGUGACAUUCACACCUCCAUCCCCGAUUACGGAGGUAGUGUUGAAGGUUCCUAUUUUAAUAUAUUUUAAAAUAUAAUUCAUUCCUGUGAUGCAUUCAUGCAUUACUUCAGUCUUCAGUAAUCAUUCUAAUAUUCUGACCUGCUACUCAAGAUACAUUUCUUAUUGUCAAGUGUUGAAACAACUGUGCCGCUUAAUAUUUUUGUGGAAAUCUUGAUACAUUUGUUUUCAGGAUUCUUUAAAGGUACAGAAAAAUAAAUCUUUGUAAGAUUUUAAAGGUC